AUGUGUCAUUGGACACAUCAAUCCAAGAAGAGUCUGCUUCUUGUAGUAUCGGAACUACUCCUGGACCCCGCUCUGACUAGUACAGUUGCGCGGGUGUUCCGUCCCGUUCUGGUGGAUCUCAUUAUAAAACUGAUCGAACCAAACGAAGAGCAGCAUGGGGCACACAGCAUACCCACGCCCUUUUCUCUUGACCGCCAUGAUAGCAUCGGUGCAUGUCUCAGUGUGCUGCUGAUGUCCGCACCGCAGCUACAGAGCCAGGUGCUGAGCUACUACGAAUACAACCCUCCGCCGUUCGAGAGGAUCAGUCGCAGCCAUAGCCCAUCACAGACUACGCAAUCGGAGUCUUACGAGGACAUGGCCGCCACAUGUUAUCGCCUACUCAGGUUUUGUCCGGCACUCAGAACAAGGUGGAAUUGGGGCCCGCUAUACAUACUGCUGACCAACGAAAAUCCGACAACGCGGGUGUAUGUGGCCAAGAGCAUCGCACUACUACUCAAACUCGACAAUCAACAGACUACACGGUUAUUUGAAGUGUAUCUGGAUCCCUCUGCCGAUCUACAGCUCACCUUAGAUCAAACACAGAACGACACCAGAGCCAUCGAAUCCUAUCUCUUAUCUCUCAAAGACACCUCUACCGCCGCCAGCACAGACAGUGCAGAACUUCCUACAACUGAUAGCACCCCCACAACUGCCGCGAAGUCGUCGGAUGAGUCCGAUGUAUUAGGCGCGUCUGAUCUGUCCGGGACGCUCGUCGAUGUGUGUGGCGUCCUGCUACCCCGCACCCGAGAAGUAUUGCAGCCCAUCACAAGUGGAGCGCCGCUGGAUGGCGCCAGGGCGAGUGAGAACUCGGCUGCAACCGCGUAUGUCAUGACGGACACAACGUCCGGUAACCUGCGGGCCCUGGCAUUGGCCUUGUCGCAGGGUCUGCCUAUACUGCUGGAGGGUGUUGCGGGGGCCGGUAAGUCGUCGCUCGUCAACGAACUAGCCAGAUGCACCGGUAAGGACACAACAAAGGGUGUGCUAAAGGUACAUCUCGGUGACCAGACGGACAGUAAGACCCUACUGGGCACGUACGUAUGCACAGAUAUCCCUGGGGAGUUCCGGUGGCAGCCGGGAGUGCUCACUCAGGCCAUGCGUUCGGGCAAGUGGCUUAUAGUGGAGGAUAUAGACCUGGCACCCAUUGACGUGCUGUCUGUGCUCGUUCCGGUAUUGGAGAAACGGGAGGUCUUUAUCCCUGGGCGUGGAGAAGUGGUCAGAGCGGCGCGGGGCUUCCAGCUGUUCGCCACACAGACGCUAUCUGAAUCAGGUACAGCUCGGAAAGGCGGUGGCAGGGGCAGUACUAUGCUAGCCAAUCUGUGGACUCGAGUGGUGGUGCAAGCGCUGACGCUCACAGAGAUGCGGAGGGUGAUAGAUACGAUCUAUCCAGCCCUCGCGCCCUUCUCGUCGCUGAUGCUUGAGGUGUACCAGACCUUAGCGAACAUUGGUCGGCGCACCAAGGACCCGGAAGAAGUGAAGGAGGCAACGACUGAAAUAGACGGUGAAAGCGACACCCAUGACAGCGAUGGAGAUACUGCGAUGAACGACUCCCUCGACAGCCAGCAACAGCGCGAGCAGGACGCGGGGGGCUAUGCACCGUCGGAAAUGGCUGCAAUCUCACGCAUCCGCAGAGCUUAUACCUACCGAGACCUGCUCAAGUGGUGCACGCGAUGCUGCCAAUACGCGGCAUACCAUACCACCAUUACGAGCGUGUCACAAAACCUGCUGACGCCCCACCUGUUCUACGAGGCGGCUGAUGUGCUGGCGGGUAUGUUCCCCAUGGUCGUACGCAGGCGCCUGCUGCACCUGAUUGGUCACAAACUGGGCAUCAGCACAGAGUCUGUUGAACACAGAGGAACUACCUACUGCCCGGAGGUCAGUUGGUCGGAUGACACUGUUGUCGUAGGACGCAUCACGCUGCCCAAGGGCGCGAGUGGUUCUGGCAUGCGCAAGGAAUCGUCGGACAGUGGGUCGUACGCACUCACACGGCUACAUGCACGCUUGAUCGAGAGCGUGGCGGCGUGUGUGAGCAAGGGCGAGUCGGUAUUGCUCGUGGGCGAGACGGGGACUGGUAAAACCACGCUGGUGCAACGCCUGGCCUUGAGUAUGAACCAGAAGCUAGUCGUGGUGAAUAUGAGUCAACAGAGCGAUCUGUCGGAUCUGGUGGGUGGGUUCCGGCCUGUGGAUGUGCGCGUGUUGGCCACCCCUCUGGUGGACACUUUCGACCGGGUGUUCAAGGCCACCUUCUCUCAGAAGGCAAAUGCCAAGUUCUUGAACGAAGUGAGGUCGGCAUAUGCCCGGGGCAAGUGGAAGCGGUUCCUGGCAUUGCUGAAUGCGGCCGGCAAAAUGUACACAAAGAAGUUCGGACCUUCUGCGGCCGGUGAUCAGAGUGAAUCGCGCGCAAACGGGAAUGCAGCGGCACCCGUCCAAAAGGCUGCUAGGAGUGACACGCAGGGACUGCAGCUUGAGUGGGAGGGUCUCAUGGAGGAUGUGCAGAAGUUCACCGCUCAGAUGAAGCACGUAGAUCACGGAUUUGCGUUCUCGUUUGUCGAGGGCACGCUAGUCAAGGCGAUGCGUUCCGGACACUGGAUUCUUUUAGACGAGAUGAACUUGGCGGCCGCGGAAACACUAGAGUGCUUGAAUGGGCUCCUGGAAAGUCCAACGGGUUCGCUCGUGCUUACGGAGCGUGGAGACCAGACGCCUAUUCCACGCCACCCGCAGUUCAGACUGUUUGGGUGCAUGAAUCCUGCCACAGAUGUAGGUAAGCGCAAUCUGCCUCCGGGUGUGAGGAGUCGGUUCACUGAGCUGUAUGUGGACGAGCUCACGCACCGCGCCGAUCUGGUCAUACUGGCCAACCAGUAUCUGUCCCGAUUAGGCAAUUUACCAACCACCGUGGUGGACGCGGUUGUGUCACUGUACCUAGACGCAAUCCGCUAUGCGGAGAGUGAACUAACCGAUGGAGCCAACCAGAAGCCGCAUUACAGUUUGCGUACGUUGUGUCGUGCACUGGAUGGGUCGCGAUUGCUGGUGCACCGAUAUGGCCUGCAACGAGCACUAUACGAAGGGUUCUGCUCGGCCUUUCUGACGAGUUUGGGACGUGAGUCGUACCUGAAGAUGCAAAGCCUGGUCCACAAGUACGUGGGCUUCGGUAUGUCGCCCAAGCAGGUGAACCGCAUCCUACCCAACCCCGCCCUACUGGAUGCCAGCGGAAAUGUUAGUGAAACUGCGCUCGCGUCGGCGUCCGGGGGUGAUGACAGGAGUCCGAUCGAUGAGGGACUGGGCUGGUGCCGUGUCGAGCAUAUAUGGCUCAAGUGUGGCGACACCGCGCCCAUUGUCGCACAGGAAGACACGAAGUUUGUGCUGACUGAGUCUACGCGCGAGAACCUGCGGCGAAUUGCGCGAGCGCUGGUCAGCGGACAGUUCCCUGUGCUGCUGCAGGGCCCCACUUCCUGUGGUAAGACGAGCAUGGUGGAGUAUAUGGCGCAGCGCUCCGGACAUCGCUUCGUGCGCAUCAAUAACCACGAACACACAGAUUUGCAGGAGUAUCUGGGAGCGUACACGGCAGAUGACAAGGGCCGUCUUGUGUUCCAGGAGGGUGUGCUCGUGCAGGCUGUGCGGCACGGGUACUGGGUUGUGCUGGAUGAGCUCAACCUGGCACCCACCGAUGUGCUGGAGGCCCUAAAUCGAUUGCUGGACGACAAUCGAGAACUGAUGAUUCCCGAGACGCAGGAAGUGAUUAAGCCACACCCACACUUCCGAUUGUUUGCGACGCAGAACCCUCCUGGUGUGUACGGUGGGCGUAAGGUGCUUUCCCGGGCCUUCCGCAACCGUUUCGUGGAGCUGCACUUUGACGACAUACCCGAAAAUGAGUUGGAAACAAUUUUGGCGAAACGGACGCAAAUCGCCCCUAGCUACUGUACUAAGCUGGUAGCCAUUCUGAAGGAUCUACAAAAACGCCGACAAGGUACGCGUCUGUUUGCGGGCAAGCACGGAUUUAUUACACUGCGCGACUUGUUCAGGUGGGCGGGCCGUGAUGCCAACGGUUACGACCAGCUGGCGGAGGAUGGCUACAUGGUGCUGGCUGAGAAGUGCCGGCGAGACGAGGAGAAACAGAUUGUGAAGGAAACCAUAGAGAAGCAUUUGAAGGUCAGCCUAGACCCUACGGCCAUGUACGGUGCUAGUCACGAGGGCUUUGCCGCCAUGCAGACUAUGAUAAAACAGGCCUCUGCUGACCCAAACAACAGCCUGUACCCAUUCCGUAACAUCGUUGCCACACAGUCCAUGCUGCGGUUGAUCACACUGGUGCAGCGCUGUCUGCAGUUCAAAGAGCCCGUAUUGCUCGUGGGAGAGACCGGUUGUGGUAAAACCACUGUUUUCCAGCUACUCACCGCAAUCCAGGGGCAACUAUUACGCACCGUCAAUUGUCACCAGCACACAGAAACAGCCGAUUUCAUUGGAGGUCUACGCCCAGUACGUGGGCGCGACGGACGAAUAGCUGCUGUGCGCAUAGACGCACACAGCUACGUCUCCGAUGUACUGAGUGACGAGUCUUUGGGUUGCACGGUGAAAUUGCCCGAGGAAUCCGAAUGGGCGGCGUCUACCAAUGAGGCUUUGCGCGCUAUAGUGUCUACCGUGGUACAAUCUAUAGUUGACGGUAAAUAUUCCAGCACAGCGGAUCUACGAACGCCUUUAGUGGCGCGUGGCAGAGAGCUACUCGCCGAAUUUAACGCCGCUACCACUCUAUUCGCGUGGCACGAUGGCCCGCUGGUGCAGGCGAUGCAGUGUGGCGAUAUGUUCAUGAUUGACGAGAUCUCAUUGGCCGAUGACUCGGUGCUAGAACGGCUGAACAGUGUGCUGGAGCCGUACAGAGGCCUGACGCUGGCGGAGAAGGGGUCAGACCACGUACAGGAGAUAGUGGGCGUCGAGGACUUCCGCAUCGUGGCCACAAUGAAUCCGGGUGGUGACUUUGGCAAGAAGGAAUUGUCCCCAGCCCUGCGGAACCGAUUUACGGAGAUUUGGGUGCCCUCGGUAUCGGAUCCGGCCGAUUUAAAGGCCAUUUUGGAUGCCUCCAUGAGCAGUUACGAAGGAUUGAGUGCGUUCAGUGAGCCCAUUCUCAGCUUCGUCAACUGGUUCAGGGUCAACCACAAUCCCAAAGUGGUGGUCAGUCUGCGAAAUAUCCUGGGCUGGUCGAACUUCAUGGUGAACUGUGUGCACAACCGCAAUUCAACAGGCGGCGAUGCGUUUGUGCAUGGUGGCUGCAUGGCGUUUGUUGAUGCGCUGGGCACUGGAAGCAGUGUCGCUUACGGCUCACACACCCGUGACACCAAGAAGGCCUGUGUGGCCCACUUAACCAAGCUCGCGGCUAUUGCAGGCGGUGCAGAGGCUACAUCCGACGCGCCCGUUAGUGAGCGACGCAUCGGUGCACCGGUUGUUCGCGAGUCGGCUACCGUAGGCUCAGAGGGUCAGUUUGAGUUCUGUGUGGACUCAUUCGCCAUCCCCAUCGGCCCGUUAUAUUCGGUCGAACGGAGCUCGUUGACCACUUCGUUUGCGCUGUCCGCCCCUACAACGCUCAGCAACAUGCAGCGCGUGCUGAGAGGCCUGCAGCUUACCAUGCCGAUCCUGCUCGAGGGUAGUCCAGGCGUAGGUAAGACGUCGCUUGUCACCGCUGUCGCCAAGGCGGCCGGGUAUCCUCUGGUACGAAUCAAUCUGAGUGACCAGACCGAUAUUAUGGACUUGUUUGGUUCCGAUCUGCCGGUGGAAGGGGGUCAAGGCGGCGAGUUUGCUUGGCGAGAUGGACCGUUCCUCGAAGCUAUGAAGAAUGGCAAGUGGAUUCUGUUGGACGAGCUUAACUUAGCAUCGCAGUCUGUGCUGGAAGGACUCAAUGCGUGUUUGGAUCAUCGAGGGGUUGUGUACAUUCCUGAACUCGACCGCAGCUUUGAGUGCAAGGCGCCGCUACGAGUGUUUGCCUGCCAGAACCCCCUGGCCCAGGGAGGUGGGCGUAAAGGUCUGCCCAAGUCCUUCCUCAAUCGAUUCACCCGAGUGUAUGUCGAGGAGCUAGACGCGACGGACCUGCGAACUAUUGCAAAGUCCAUGUUCCCGCAUAUCGACCAGGAUAUCAUCGACAGCAUGAUCUCGUUCAAUUCACGUCUGCACCACGCCACUAUGGUAGAUAGAGCGUUCGGUAGUAAAGGCGGACCGUGGGAGUUCAAUCUGCGAGAUGUGCUCCGCUGGUGCGAGGUGAUGUCCAACAACCAAAGCCAGGGCCGAUACAGUCCUAAUGACUUCCUGGACUUCUUAUACCUGCAACGCAUGCGCACCGAGAGCGACAGAACCGCAGUGCUGGAUCUGUAUCACCAGUGUUUUGCUCACGACAAGCUAGCAUUUCAGCACCGAAUCGAUGAGUACCCCAGCAUCCGCCUGACCGAGUCUCAUGUGCAGGUGGGCAGCACACUCGCCAAGCGCCACCACGCUUCAACGGCUGACCUCAGCGUAGGCGCGCGCGAGCUUUUGGCCACCCAUGCACUGCGCCGCCCACUGAAACACGUGCUCACAGCAUCGGAAAUGCGCUGGAUGUCCAUCAUAGUCGGCGACUCGGCCGCGGGGAAGACCUCGCUGAUCCGGCUGGCAGCCAGUCUCACCGGUAACCGCUUGCACGAGUUUGCGAUGAACAGUGCCGUGGACACCAGCGAGUUGCUUGGGGGUUAUGAGCAGCUGGACAUGCUCCGACGCCGCACCGAGAUUGUCACGCGAGCUUCUGCACUGGUUGCCAUGGUUUCGCAGGCGCUGGUUCUGGUUCCCGGUGUUGCUUCAGCUCAGUCAGGUGCGAGUGCACAACAAGCCCUGAGUAUGGUGCAGCAGGUGCACAACACGUGGCAAAUGUACCAGUUAACAGACCAACAUACCCCAUCUCCAACGGCGCCUGACGGUGAAGCCAGCGACGCCGUCGGAUUCAGCGCCGAACAACGCGAUGCCAUGUUUGCGUUCUUGGACCAGAUAGAAGCCGCUGUGCGGUCGUGUGCUGAGACUCCCGCUACCGUGGGUAUCACGACCACCUGUUCGAAGCUGCGCCAGGCUGUGGAUGCGCUUGCCACGCUGGAUGCGACGCAUGUGCGCGGAUCGUUUGAGUGGGUCGACGGUAUUCUCGUGCGCGCGCUGAAAGAAGGCCACUGGCUUCUUAUCGACAACGCUAAUCUGUGCUCGCCGUCAGUGAUGGAUCGGUUGAAUCCGCUGAUGGAGCCCAACGGCACGCUUGUACUCACAGAGCGAGGUGUGAAUACUCAUGGUGCACUGGAGUGCAUCAUACCUCACCACAACUUCCGGCUGAUACUGUCCGUGGACCCGAAGUACGGCGAGCUCUCACGAGCUAUGCGCAACCGUGGGGUGGAGAUCAGUCUGGUGAAUGCCGACGCUCCAGCCUCAAGCCGCAACUUAGCGUCGCUACCCACAACCCCCACACACCCUACUGACAUGGUGAUAUUACUGCAGACUGCAGGCGUAGCCAACCCGGUGGUGACCUCACUCCUGGUUGCGUGCCAUUACGCUAUCCGCCGGAGUGUCCCAGCCUCGGCUGACUUCCCUCUGUCUGUACGCGAUGUUCUGCAUGCUGGCCGUCUCAUCAGCGAGAUGCUGCACCGUGGGUUUGACAUCCAGCGCGCGCUCCGCACCGCGCUCGUUGAAGUGUAUGUGCGCUGCCGCCGCGUGGCGUCAGUGCGUGCUACUAUCCAAGAGGUGAUUGAGAGCCAUUUGAGCUCCUUCUCUCCCACAGAGACUCACACUCUCACAGACACGGACACGACUGCGGCCAGACAGCCACUGCCUGCAGCGGAGUUGUGGUACCAGCCUGCGCUGUUCAGUUGCGAUACGUUGGUUAGAGCGCCCAGGAUGGCCAUAAUCGCCCGCGAUGGAGUGUAUCUGACCCACCUCAAGAACUUAUACGCUCGCGAGAGAGUUUCUGCGCUUCUCGCCGCGUCGUCUGUUGAUGCUGCUGGGUUGGAACAGUUCGGGACCGCUUCGUCCUCCGCGUGGUCAUAUCUCCCGGCUGACGUAUGUGUCGCCAAGGCCAUGUGCACGGCCGUUGUCAGUAGGGGCUGUGGUAUCGAUGCAACACUGAAGGUGGUUACAGAUACUGAAUUUUUGACGACACUGAAAGACCAGCUUAUGUGGGCGGGGGCUUACUUCUUAGAACGCACAUGUCUGGACGAUGUCGAGCGUCGCGUGACGUGGGUGAAUGAGUGGACCAAGACACCUGAAUCGGUUGUUGGUCGUGAAAUGCACGCGGUUAGCAAGGGUCUACAGAGGGGUUUGUACCUAUUGGCGAGCUGCUCACAUUUGGAGACACUGAGGAAGGCCCGGGAACAGCUUUCCGCCUGUCUAGCGCUGCCCACAGGUCUCCUGGAUAGUCAACCCAUCGCCUGUAAGGCGAAUAUCCAGUUGUGGACCGCAUUACACUCAUCGCUUGGAAACACAACCACAAACGAUGAGACGCAAAAUCAGCUCAACACGGCUUGGAACGUGCAGUGUCGCGUUGGCAAUGUGCUGAGUGUACUGUAUUGUCGCAGAUGGCGUGUGUUGUUUCAAGAAGAUCAGCUGCAGGCGCGUACACGGCGCACCUCGCAUCGAGAGUACUCCAUCCUCCAACAAUCAUUCCUCAUUUACCAGAAAACAUUACCCUCUUCUAAAGCGCUGCACCCGUUGUGUACCCGGUUCUUCGGGUUCAUUGUGGCCCUGGACAGAUGGCUAUCGGAUAUCCUUGCCUCCGGCUUUGUUACAGCCGUCGACACAAGCAAGGCACACAGUGUGUCUGUAGUAGACUCGGAUAUCACAUCUCUAGCGCAUUUGCUAUCGGCACGCGAUGCGCUCUACGCCGCCGCAAACACGUCUUUCUCUCGCGAGAAACAGACUGAAAUAGUGUCAUCUUUAGUGGUACACUGGCGAUGGUUUCUUCGUGCUCUGUGCCAGUUCCGUGAGCAUAGCACUGUCACUGUCGCGGGUGAGUCGUCGUCGACAGCGUCUGACUACGCGGACGCGCUGAAUGCAGCGUGCGAGUAUGUGAGUGACUGUCUGCAGCUGAGGACCGCUGUAAACGGUCUGGUGUUGUGGAAGAACUGGCUGAGACCUCGAGGGUACAAGACCCUUCGAGAGUACGAUGUAAUGCGCAAGUUGCUGGAUUUGUCGUCUGACCUCGAUGUGUAUAAGCCCACGGCUGUUUCGGCCAUGUUCCCGGCCUUCCCUGUUUGGCUGCUGUCCCUUCCCGGACAUCCGUUCCUGGAGAAAGCCAACAGGACAACCAUACAGACGCUGACAGAAGGCAUAGCCACCAUGCUCAGUGUUGAACAAGCACACGCAGUUGGAGAGACACAGACUAACGGCGCAGCAAACGCAGUCGCGCGCAGUGGUGCCGCUAAUCGCCAGGCCAUGCUUGAGAAGAUCUAUCAGGUGCUGGAGCAAAUCGCCUUGCCCGUUAGCGCGUCUGCCAAUACCGAGUUGUUAAGUGGAGAGAAGCAGCAGUCGGGCAGCGAAUUAAGUACCGUGGAGUUGUGGCCUGUGUACGACCACCAGUUGCUGAUGGAGGAGCAACGGCUGGUGUCGCAGAUAAGUGCGCUGGUGGUUCUGUUGCGCACUGAGGCGCACACAUCGCAGCCCAAACUGUCGGCACAAGUGCGUGCUGUGCUGCUGCAACGCAUCGAAGCACACAUGUCACGCAACAGAAUGGACAGCUACUCCCGUCCCGCGUCGGACUGGGCGCCAUGGCUAUGUCUGCGAUGGCUGCUAUCGCUGGGCGAGGAUAGGCUGCCGUGGGAGAGUGUGGUGCCUGUGCUUACUAACGCUAUAGCCUCGUUCCACCGUGGUGUGCGAAGCCAUCUGCUGGCGGAGGUGGCCUACAUGCCGCUGGCUGCGAAGCUCGUCGAGAGCGCCGCGAAUGUGGGCGAACAGUUCGGUACCGAAGACGCGCUGGAUGCGAUGACCCAAGUCUUGCAACAGGGAGAGCAGAAGCUUGCCAAAACAUCUCGACUGCCAGCUUCUUCGGCCGCAACUCAGUUGGGUCUGAACACAGAUGUGGGCUACAUGACAGCGCUGGUGGCGCAGUUUUCGUCGUGCUCCAUCGGCGAUAUGCCGCGGCGUAUCACUCAGCUGCAGAAGGUCGAGCAUGUAGUUGCACAUCGCGCGCAAGCACUCACUGCUACCCACUUGCAGACGGUCUUGGACAACGGUGAGCCAGUGGAGGGUAGUGUCGAAACUAAAACCAGAGACCUCCAGCAUUUCUUGGCUUUGGAGUCGACCCUCUUUGGUGUGUUGCUUGGCUUCCGGAAAGGGUUCUCACACGAGGAUUACCUACGGCUGUGCCAGUUGGCCCAUUCGGCCAUAGCCUCGCGGGUAGACUGUGCAGAAGAUACGGCACCCGCACACACAGCAGCUGAUGUACACCCCUUCUCAUCGGAGGACAGCGAGGCCUUGGCUGCCAUUGUUGAGCGUUGCGCGAAUGCGUCCCUGCGAGAAUGUGCCGUGUGGUGCAUACGGCCCUUCCUGCAGUUGUAUGCCGAGCAGGCGGAGCCGCAGCGAGUGCUGGCCAUGGGCUGGGUGUAUAUGGGGCUGUUGCAGAUCCAUCUGGGGGCGUGUGCGUCUGUAGUAGAUCCCUCGACAUCGUAUUCGCUCAAGGAACGAGAUGGCCUCCUGCGUCAGCGGGCCAUUGAGGCGCGCAUGAAGGUUGUCUCCACCACCGAGGCCACACUCGAUGGAGGCGAUGGCAGCGGUGGCGUGGAUAUGAAAGAGUGUGUGGCUGAGAUGAACCAUGUACACGAGAAGCUGAAGCAUACGUCCAUGCGUGUGUUGGUACGGCCAGGCGACGACACGUUCUCUGACCUGCGCGCGGAGGUGUCGCGGUAUCUUUCGUCCAUUGGCAGUGCGCGUGUGGUGCUGGAUCUGUGUGCGUGCAUAGUGGCGUUGCUUCGGGAGAUGCGUGACGGUGCAGCGGCGCAGAAGGACACGCACGCGGCGUCUGUGAGCGUGAGCGACGUGCUCAGUCGCUGGCGCAUGUGGCGCGAAUCUCAGCGGAGCUUCUGUUCAUCGCUGCGUAGGUUUAGCGGCAUGUUUGUGGAUAUCGUCGACCCGUUAAUGCUGGCCAUUGAUGAGAUGGUGGCCAGUGUAGACACUCUGGGCGACCAGCUCGUACACCAGAUGGACAUGCUCUACUCAGCGCCUUCUCCUGUGAAUGCCACACCCAUCACAGGGGACCUGCAGGCAUACAUGUGCACGCAGAUCCGUCCGCGGAUGACGCGGCUGGUCACAGAGUUGCUGCGCUUCCCAUCCUUCCAGAAGGGGUCCGGUUGUGCACCGUUCCGGUACGUCCACCGCACGCAGGACCUCACGCUUGCGGCCGGUCACGUCCAGGCCAACUCACCCAUCUUGUCCUUGAUCACUCAGUUCAGCGGCGUACCACUGGCUAUGAGUAGCCUGCGCCACGCGUAUGUUCACGUGCUGGAUACCCAAACGGUGGGGGCGGCCCAUGUGACCGAUCUGGGGCGAAUGUUUAGCGAUGUGGUGGACGUGUGGACGGCGUACGAGGAGCAGAAACUCGCGAAGGAACGCGCCGAUGCGUUGGCGUUCAAGACAAAAGAGAAAGUGUUUGUGCUCGAGGAUGAGAGAACGCUUGAAGAACGGCUGUACCAGCAGCAGUGUCCGUCAUUUGAUGACGAAUUCACCGACAUCACUAAAGACUAUCACACCAACGCGUCCGCAACAGCGUCGAAGGCCAAACCAUCAGAAGAUAGUGCCACUCUCACCAACCCGCUGAGCCCAGAAGCCACGCUGCACAUCACCGACAUGCACGCCGCUAUUUUCGGCACCCUCGGCAACCACGCGAGUAUGUCGCACGCAGACAAGCACACGAUUGAGCAAGAGCAUCUCGCAGCCUUCCGAUAUAACUACGAAGCCACUCUGCCGCUGCUCGAGGGGCUGGGCUUAGAGCUCUCGUUUGACAGCGACGACCGCGCGCAGAUGGACACACUCGUGGCGAUCAGCCUGCGGGCCAAGAUGACCCGCAAGCAUAUGCUACAGACCCAACACAACAAUACACUGAGCGUGCAAUCCAAGGAGUGGAGUGAGGCCGCUCCUGCCGCCGAUAUCGAGGUGCUGUCUGCCCUCCUCAACCCCGGGGCUCAGCCCAUUCUACAGCCAUCACCGUUGCGCAUCAAUCACUACACAGACACGUCCUUGGCUGAGGCUCGGCGCUUAGGCGAGAUAGCUGUGCCAAUGCGCGUCGAUGCCACCACACACCUGGUCACGUGGCCAGAACACCCCGUGCUCAUGGGCAUUGUGGCUGUGAUUGACCGCAUCUUGUCGUUCUCGAUACAGGCCAGUCCGCUAAUGAAGCUGUUGUCUGCCGCUGAGCUGCUACUCAGGCAGGGCAUGGAAUGGGAGGCGUUUGCCGCCUCGCACGUGUCGCUGAAGGUACACACAGAAGCGGUCACACGUUUCAUUCUAGAUAUGAGGAAGAAGGAACUGGAUCAGUGGUCGUUAGCCCUGGACUCAACGCAUCAAGAGCACGAAGCCCUGUCGCGCAGACUGUGGUUCCACCUAUACUCAGUCAUCAACGCCGACCCGACUCUGGAGAGUGAGCUGGGCAGAGAAGACGCCAUAGAGAGCCAUCACAAAGAGAUAUUCACUGUCGUUGAGGAAAUGGUGCAGACAUCCACCAUGGGCAACUUCGCAUGCCGACUGCGCCUGAUUGCCCAGUUCCACAUGCAAUUGAAAGCCGAGCUGAAGAGUGGCAUCGCUGGCUACUCCAUCUCGGCUAAGGUGAAGCUACACGACAUGUUGGGCAGCUUCUACGCCUACUACCGCCAGUACCUACCUGGUAUCCAGGCCAAAUUGCACGGCGCCAAGAAACCGUUGGAGAGGCAGCUGAGAGAGCAUGUCAAGCUAGCCAAAUGGAAUGACAUCAACUACUGGGCCAUGAAGCAAGCGGGUGACAAAACACAUCGCGCGCUGCAUAAGUUCACCACCAAAUGGUCCACUGUCCUCGAGAUGCCACUGCGGACAUAUCUGACGGAAAUCGAGGCCGCCACUAUAGAGUACCCGCCUGCACAGCCGUCUGCUGCUAUGGGAAGUAUCAUAACACGCGUGUGCCAUAGGGACAAUUGGAAACCGUCGACCAGUGUUCAGGCCAUCGGUGCCCUGAGCUCUCCGGUGCUAAGUAGAUAUGAAGAGUGGUUCCACGUGUCCGACCCCACGCGCUUCCACAGUCGGUUGGCGGCACUGACUGGGCGUUUGACCAAAGUGUGCGAUAAGCAGAUUAUGCCAGCACUCAACCCGUCGACCAUCUUGGGCAUUGAGGAGUUCGCAGUUCAUAUCAUCCAACGCGUAGAGCAGUACCGCCUGUGGGAUGCGCAGGAUAUCAAGGAUACCGAGGCCACCUUAGCCCGCAAGAAAGAACAAGCAGAUGCGGGCGCCGACGAAGAGAAACCCGCAGACAAGGACUCGCGGGCGUUACACAAAGUGAUGAAACGCAAGGAUCUGGCUGAGUUGUUCCGUCAACUAUCCGCCGCUGGGCUGUCGUACAGAAGCGUUGCGGCAGAGGAUGAGAGCGCCCUGCUGUCUCAUUUAUUCACUGAGGCGCAUCUCGAGGAUGACCAGUUGUGUCCUCAAACCAGCGAUGUGGCCGAUCUUGCAGCGAAGAUCAAUGACUACUUCUACAAAUGUGUGUCCCGCAUGGUGAUCAUCAGAAAGCUAUACUUCGGAGGUCGCGCUCAGGAUCUGACGCCACAAGACGCCGAUAGAGCGCGCGGGUAUUCCGAGCACUUCCUUCGCUUGGUGGUGGCACAACGGCGCUUCCUCGGCGAUGUUUCGGAGGAGCUCUCCAACUUCAAACGUUUCCUCAAGCACACCGUCCACCUUGGAAACCGCUUAGUGACAACCAACGGUUCCGGCCCAGUUGUGGCCACCCACGCACUCGUACUGGAGUGUUGGAAUGAGACCAUGGACACCGUCAACACCAUGGCACGCGUAGUAAGAGAGACCACUGCGGCCAUAAGUUUGCAUGAGGAAUCGACCAGGACAGAGUCGACAAUCCGAAACAGGCUCUCCUCGGCGCUCGCAGAGCUGCACCGGGUGCGCACUGCCCUACAUGCACUCAAGCACGAGCAUAUCGGUGUGUUCGAGUCCAAGCGUAUUGACACGGCACCGCCGCCCAUGGUGGUGGAGGUAGGUAUCGUGACUGCAGGGUUGGAUGAUGUGUACGCACGGGUAGGUAAGGUGUCUGAGGGAUUAUCCGGUUUCUUGGCUGGAGUAGUGGAUAGUCCGAACUGGCCCGAGCAGCGCAGUCUGUUGAACUCGUUGCGGGAUGUAUGUGCUGCGACCCACGCAGCCGAAUCGCGGUACCGAACAUCUCUUCGACCACACUUUAGCGCCGAGUUAACUCCCCCAGUAGCGGAUAUGGGAGCCGUGCCCGAGACAGUCCGAGAAAGAGCCUAUGCGUUUGAGCGAGACUUUGAUGCGCUUAUUGCCAACGUACUCAUUCGGGUACAGCGCAUCGUGAAGUUGAAGGAGGAGCAUGAGCAGGAUACACCCGAGUCCACUGCAGAAUGGGAGGACGGAUUUGACCCGUCCAAGUUCACGCCGAACUAUCUUACGCGCUCGCACACGUACAUGACAUCUGUCCUCAAGGCGGCGAAGCUGCCCGCAAUGAACGCCGCGUUUGCAUCGCUCAGCGCCCAGAUCGCCGCCAUGGGCGACGACGUGGACGCCGAAUACAACGCGGAUUUACUGACGGCGUGUGCGGGUAUGCUGGUGCGUGCUGUGCCCGUACUGGAGCGGUACGGUGUCAUACUGAGCCAGGCCAUGGACGAGUUUGUGUGUCUGCACAAGUCGGUGAGCAAGAUGUAUUACAUCCUGCUGAACCUCUUCAGCGAUCUCCUGGCCAAGGGCUUUUGCACACCCCCGGAUCUGCAGGACGCAACGGCCGACGAACAGACCGGAGGGGAGAUGGCGGGCAUGGGCGAGGGUCAAGGCGAGAACGAUGUCUCUGAACAGAUCGAGAACGAAGACCAACUCACAGGCACUAAAGAUGAGGAGCAGAAUGAUGAGGGCGGCAAUGUACCGGAAGAGGACAACGCCAUUGAAAUGGAACAAGAAUUCGACGGUGACCUCUACGACAUGGACAAGAAAGAAUUGGAGGACAUGGAGGAUGAUAAGGACGACGGCGAAGAGAAGGAAGAGCAGGAUAUGGACGAUGAAAUGGGUGACACCAACAUGGACGACGCUGAUGUCGUUGACGAACGGAUGUGGGGAGAUGACGAAGAGGACAACGAGAUUAGCGAGAAAGAGAAGAAGGAGGAUGGCAAGUCCAUGACCAAUGAGAACGAGGAGAGUGAAAUUGUAGCUAAACAGGACGGCGACGAUGAGAAGCCAAAAGACGACAAGAAGAAGGAAGAGCAGGAGAAUGCUGAGAAACCACAGCCAGAACCUCUGCCCAGCCAAGAGGAGGACCAGAACAACGAGGACCUGGUCAACGAAGUACAGGAGCUAGAAGAAGACCACCACCACCAUCCGCAGGAACAGCCCAACGACGACCAAGCAGCGGACGACGAGAAUCCCGAUGUCGACCUACCCGAGGACAUGCAACUGGAUGAUGACGCGGGUGAUGACAAAGACGAGCACGAUGGGCCCGAUGGCGAUGGGGAGGAAACGGCGCCUAUGGAGGAUGAGAAGGCUAUGGCGGAGGAGUAUGAUGGGGCCCAGGAGCUGAAUGACCCGGAGGAGGGCGACGAUGCGGAUCCAGAAGGGGAUGUGGCGACGGAUACGGAGCAGAAGGGCAAUGAUGAGGAGGAAGAGGAGGACGGGAAACAGGGCGAGGACUCGCUGCAGGCAGCGGGUGAGAGCGACCAGGGAGACGAUGAGGAGGAAGGAGACGAGGGGCAGCCACCCAAGCUAAUGGAAGAUGACAACGAUGUGGAAAUAGGUGCGGAACAGGGCAUCAAGGAAGACCACGGGGAAGAGGGGGAGGGUGCAGAUGAGGAGGAGGAGGAGAAGCACAAGCCUGAGAGCAGCAAGAUGGACACGACGUCGGUAGGAGUCAAUGCGGAGGGCGGGCAGCGGAACUCAGGCGAGACUGAGGAAAUGGAGACCGAAGACGGGCCGAGCUCAGCCACCGAUGCGACCUCAGGACAGAGUAAGAGUGGCACGGAUGACAAGCAAGCGUCGCUGGAACGAGGCAAUGAUGGUGAGAAUGACUCGGGUAGCAAGCCUCAGGCAAUGCCGGAGGUCAAUCCGUUCCGAAGUCUGGGUAGUACGCUGCAGAAAUGGAAGGAGAAACUCAACGUCAUGGAUGUAGAGGAGGAGGACCCGAAUGCGGAGGACGGCGCGAACGACGGUGACAACGAUGAAGAAAUGGGAGGAGAAGGUAUGAGACAGUUUAUGAAGGACGAGGAUGAGGGCCAGGCAGACGACCAGGUGCUCGGGGUGGCUACGGAGGAACAGCUGCAGCAGAACCAAGGCAUGCCUGACGAACCAGAGGGAGAAAAGGUUGAGGAGGAGACAGAGAUGGAUGUGGAUGAGACGGAAGGCGAGAAGAAGCCGGAGGAUAGUGAGGAGAGUGGGCAGAAGGAGAGUAGCAAGUCGCAGGCAAAGAGCGCACGCAAUGCCGACAAGGCUGAGGCGAAGGACUCUCAAGCGGAUGUGGAGGAGGAGGAGAUUGACAGUGUGGAUGCAGAAGACGCUACGGAAGAAGACAAAAGCGACGAUAAGGAUGCGAAUGAUGGGCCCGAUAGCUCGAUAUACACCCAGAAAAAUAGCACUGAUGCUAGUCAAGACGCUGACGACCUGGCGUUACCCACAGAGGAUGAGAUUGUGGAGAAACGGGAGGCCGUGGAGAAGAUUCUGGAAGCCUGGCAGGACAGGGCGCACGACCCCAAUGCCGACGCAGUGGGAGAGCGGCUGUGGCAAGAGUACGAAGCCAUUACUUCGGGAUUGUCGCAGGAUUUGUGUGAACAACUGCGUGUUAUACUGGAGCCGACGCUCGCCACGCGCCUGCAGGGCGACUACCGCACCGGUAAACGGCUCAAUCUAAAGCGCGUCAUACCGUACAUUGCAUCGCACUUUAAAAAGGACAAGAUCUGGCUGAGGCGGACACGGCCAGCCAAGCGAGAGUACCAGGUGCUUCUGACGAUAGACGACUCUGAGUCGAUGAGUGACUCGCACUCGGCAUCUCUGGCCUACGAGGCAGUGACUAUGAUAAGCAAGGCCCUGACUACGCUGGAGGUGGGCCAGUUGUCGGUGAUGAGUUUUGGCGACCAGGUGAAGCUGCUGCACCCGUUCCACGAGCAGUUCGGGGAUGGUACCGGCGGCUCGAUCUUGCAGCAGUUGAGUUUCAACCAGAAGAAUACCAAUUUUGAACAGCUCUUGGAAACCAGUUAUUCGCAUCUUAUUUCGUCGGUGGUGUCCACGGACUUGCCUGUCAGUCAGCUCCAGCUUGUGAUCUCAGAUGGUGUCUGCCCAGAUGUUGAGAGUGUGCGCAAAUGGAUCCGUGCCUAUUCUGAUGCCGGUAUACUUCUGGUGUUUGUCGUGCUGGACAAUCCCAAGGCCAAAUUCUCAAUUCUGGACUACAAAACCGUCACCUACCCCAAUGGCGCGCUUACGUUGACUCCUUAUUUGGAAACAUUCCCGUUCCCAUACUAUGUUGUGUUACGAAAUAUCAACACACUUCCUGAUAUUCUGGCGGAUGCGUUGCGACAGUGGUUCGAAUUACUGCGUGAUGAUUCCUAAUUUAGCACAAAAAUAUUUAGUAAAUAAUUUAGAUGUACAUUUGUAAUAUAUAUGUAUAUAUAUAAGCAGGAAGUAAAGAUAUCUUAGUAUUACCA